GUAUAAGGCUAUCCUUCUGCACAAGGGUCGUUCAUAAACCAAAAGUUGAUUUUGUGCCCGUUUUUAUUUUGUUUGAGAGGUAUUUUCUUUUAUUUUGGAAGUUAUGUUCCUAAUGUGAGGGCACACAGAAUCUUUCAUGAUGGCAUCUAGAGAAGAGGCCCAGCAUGUGGUGGAAUGUGACCUGUGUCAGCAACCAGUCUCGUUUUUCUGCAGACGAUGCGGGGUCAAUCUCUGUGACCCCUGUGUCCUCAUACAUCUACGCGUGAAAUCUAAAAACGGCCACGACAUUGUAGAUUACGCCAGUAAGGAUGAUGACGACACAUGCCACUGUGAUUCCCAUCCCCAAAACGAUUGCUCCGCAUACUGUAAAACUUGUGAUGCUCCGAUUUGCAUGCUUUGCGUUUCUAUCAAACACAAAUCGCACGAAAUGUCCGAGCUAUCCGAUAAAAUUGAGGAACUUUUAAAAGUGAUUGCACGGGAAAAUGAUCGACUUCAGUCAUCUAAACAUGAAUUACAAAGAAUUCUGGAACACACGACGAAGCUGCUGUCCUCAAUACCCUCGGUUUACCAACUGAGAAAAGAUGAAGUUACAGCGCGGGGAGAAGAGUGGAUCAAACUGAUCGAGAAGACCGUGAAGAAACUUCACCAGGAACUAUAUGGCAUGCAAAAGGAACACGAGGCUGUACUACAGAAACAAAAGGAAAACUUUGACGAUAUGAAUACAAGAGUGGAUGAUUUGAACGUGAAAACGACAAAAUUACAAAAAUCAAAGAACGUCACAGAAUUACAGAGUUUUUUAGAACUUAUUCAGAAUCAGAAGAUUUUGAGUGAGGUCUCACAGUAUUCAUUUCCGAAAUUCUAUGAGUAUAAAAUAGAUGAAUAUUUAGAAAAUAAAUUAAAAGAAAAGGCGUUAUCAGGUAGAACAAUAUUAGAGGUACCAACAGUUACUUCUGUUAUAGACACUAGGUUCCCUGCUUGUGAAAAGUAUAAAACUCGUCUGUAUGACAUGGUCGUUACCGACGAUAACAAAGUGUGGAUGGGAGGAGAGGGCACAGAACUGAAGUUGUUUGAUCUCCAGGGAAACCUCCACCACACCGUCAGCAUUAUUACCGAGGGCAUGUACUUAUGUAUGUACAACAAACAAGUAGUGUACACUGAUAGAUUAAAAGCCGUGAGAAUGAUAUCUGACACCAACACUGUGGUGACGAUGUUCACUACCGGGGACUGGAUACUACGUGGCGUCACAAGCGCCGCGUCCGGUGAUCUACUGGUCUGUCUCCGUAAAGGCGAUCAGAACAAAGUCGUCCGAUACAGCAGUAGCGGUACCGUGCUCCAGGUGAUCCAGUACGACUCGCAGUGUCAACCUCUGUACAAAUCGGCGUAUUACAUCACUGAGAAUGUCAACGGGGACAUCAUUGUAACUGACUGGAAGAAAAACGCAGUCAUUGCUGUCGAUGGAUUGGGCAUAUUCCGGUACUCGUACUCGGGAAAUGACAGUAAUUUUUUCGCCUGUUCAGUCGCCACUGAUUCUGUCGGUCACGUCAUCGUUACAGGUGGUAUUGGUAAAAAGAUUUCCAUGCUGGACAGAGACGGACGAUUCUUGAGGUACAUCAUUCCUGAAGGAGGAAUAAAAGAUCCACGCGGCGUGUGUAUCCUUGGUGACGGUGAGAUGAUGGUGGGAGAGUGUAAGACCGGAAUCGCCAAAAGAUUCAGAUACCUAAAGGAUUGAAGAUACAUUAGAUUUAUUUAUUUACUACUUAAAAUUUCAAAGAAGAGUUGGUCUGCGUGUGUGUGGGGAGGGGGUGAAUCCUACUUUCUGUGGUAUAUCGAUAUGUCUUUUUACUUUCAUAAUUAUACUUUUAAUUUUAAUGAGCACCUACUGUCCGUUGAAAAUAUUGGCUUUUAAAAUCGCUUUUCCUCUAAAGUGUCAAAAAGGCUUUGAAAUGUGAUAAUUUUUAAUAACUAAUCAACUAUCAGCAGUAUGUAAUAAAAUCUCAUGUUAAAGGGCAUUAAAUGUAAACUUAAAUAUCAAUGAAAUAUCUAUAUUUAUAAACGUGAAUUCAAGAGUAAGAAAGAGCUGCAACCAAAAUUAUUACAACUUUUAUAUAUUUUGCUUCACUGAUUAAUGUACAGAUAAAUGCACAUAUGCGUGCAAAUUAAUUUCAUUAUGAUAUACGUAUGUAGCUUGACUUCCUAAGAAUUCGGUAUUAAGUUAAAUACGACCCAUACUCUCCAUCAUUUACAUGUAAAAUUAUGAAAUCAACGUAUCUUCAUCGUAUAUUCACUGGACAAUUCAGAGGCACUUGUGGGUCUAAUCUUGGAAUUGAGUGAGAAUUUAGUUAGUUAUAAAGUUAUAUUUACAUCUACCAAGCAUAAUUUCCUCUAUUUGUUACGGAAACUUACAGUUAAUUCAUAAAUAUUUUAUUGUUCGUUUGAACGGGUGAAUUAGAACUUUUAAAAAAUAAUUUUUUCAAUACUGGUAUCAUACGUACAGUGUACAGAUUGAAAUUUUACAAUGAUAAGCAGCGUCAUGACAAUAACACGGUUAAUUUCUCAGUAGUUUAUUUUUACCUUUAAAUUCCGAUUCUCCAGUUUCUAUUUAUAAACGGGUAUUUGUCAAUAUCGGAACACAUAUACAUAUAGGCCCUAUAAACAAAAUGGCCAGGAUAGAAACAGACACCUGUCUUUUCCAUUGAUUAGGGACUUCCUUUGUUGUCAACUUAGACCUCAAAUCAUGGACUUUUGCCGUCAAUUUAUUGUUGUGAUCCUGGUUCUGUGUGUUGUUGGAAGCUGGGCAUUUUGUAAAUUCUGUAUGGACUGGUACAUGUAGUAAUAAUCAUGGUACGGUAUCCCAGAACUCGGGUUUACUAAUACCCGCCGCAGACGCUUGGUUAAGCAUCACAGCCAAGGCGGCUUCCAAGGCAGCGAAACAUUUCUCUAAAAAAGCAGCAAAGAAAGGCAAGAAAGUUGGAGGGAGUGAACACACCAAAAACAAAAGGCAAGCAUCAGAAAGGACAGGCCCGAAAACAAGGAUCAGGCUCGAUCAAAGGGAAAGAAACAAAAGGGGGCACCAGACGGGAGCAAGAAGAGGAGAAAGCGUUAGAAAGGUGUUCGAACACUGUCGAUUUGUUGAUGAAUGUCAUGUUGUAAUAAGGUAGAUUACCUUAGUACCUCUGUAUAUAGCCAUAUAUAUCAAAUUAUGAAGUUGAUGUCGUUUUAAAUUACGACUCGUAUCGUAUGAUCAUCAAAUCUAUUAAAUAUGCGUAAAUGUAUCGAACAGUGGGAAUACACAUAUCAUAAAACAUAUUGACAUCAUGCUAAAACAUUUGCGUUUAAAAAUAACUAAUAUUCUCUCUUGCUUUUGUUUUGGAAAGGAGGCCGGUAACUGCUAAUAUUUCAUGCAUUACAUCAUCAAACAAUAUCUAUAAAUGUUUACAGGUAUAAUCGGGUAGUUUAUAAACAUAUACUUAAAUUUUCUACACUCAAACCUGUGAGUAAGUUUAGUGAUCUUCUUAAAGUACUUCAACGUGGAACAGUGAACAAGGGAGAACGAAUGCCACUACAUUUGUAGAUGUGAAGUCUGAAAGUACUUCAAAUAGAGAAUAAUCUACAUUGUACAUCAAACGUUAAAUAGACGCGGGUUUUUUGUAUUUGUAUCUUUUUACAACUUUAUAGAAUUAAGUUCUACAUUCACGUACUCGUUAAUGUGCAAUUUUUCCUUCAACUGAUUGGUUUCUUUGCUAUUUGUCUUAAUUAAUAUGUUAAUUUGUUGAAGUCAUUUUUGUAUCUAUUCUGUAUCAAGACUAAAUUGCUCUUUAUUAUUCUGUCCAGCUGAUAGUUGUUUUGCUUACAAAGGCUUUAUCUAUUGCCUGAUCUUAUUUAAACAAAAAGUGUGUUAUGAUAUUGUACACAUUUGUUAAUGAGGUAUACAAAACAAGGACGUGUAUUAUUAUUGACAUCUAUGAAUUAAAUUUUAUUAUAGAUUUUUUUAGCAUUGUUCAGUAACAUGUCUAUUCCUUUGAUGUAAUGAAUAAAAAUUGAGAAAAGCGUC